AUGGCAGCAGAGAAAAUAGGAUUACGCGAAGAGAUAAUCGGUAAAGCAUGCACAGUAGCCAUAAAAGCUCACAAGUCAUCUUCUAACAAGCCUUACAUAUGCGAGAAAUCUAAGAGCUCGUCAUCAGAGGUGAUCUUUGGGUUUACAGGAACCUGGGAUUUUGGUGAUUGGUUUACACAUAAGCCUUUCGGAACGACAAAGAUCAACCUCAAUCUCUUCCCUUCUCUCAAAACCAUUGGCAGCAAUGAAGCUGCAACAGUAAACCAAGCAUUUCUACAAAGAUUUGAAGCAAUAUUGGCAAAAACAUCGUUCAAAAAUGAGGUGGAAAAAGCUGCAACAGAGAAGCCGAUAGUGUUUGCAGGACAUUCUGCAGGUGCAGCAACAGCUAUCUUUGCAACUCUUUGGUUCUUGGAUUCCCAAAAUCAGAGACACAUCAACCAAAUUCCACCCCGUUGUAUCACCUUCGGGUCACCUCUUGUGGGUGACAAUAUUCUAUCCCAUGCCUUGAAACGAGAGCAUUGGAGUCAAUAUUUCACACACUUCAUCAUGAGAUAUGACAUUGUCCCUCGAAUUUCCCUCACACCUCUUUCCGCCAUAGAGCGCGAAUUCCAGCCGGUUCUACAUUAUUACAACCCGAAAUCUCCAUUUUUUGCGAGUGAUUCUGUUGGAAGAACAACAGAAGCUUCAAUGUUUAUUCUCACAGUAAUUAGAAACGCCUCAUUAGUGACUAGCCGUGUGGCCCGCAAAUUCAUGGGUUGUACAAACUUGUUACUGGAAAAUGCAACCAAUUUCAUUGAGCUUAGCCCUUACAGACCUUUUGGAACCUAUGUUUUCUGUACCGGCAAUGGAAAAUUUGUCACCAUAAAAAAUCCAGAUGCCAUUUUCCAAAUUUUAUAUUACUGCCUUCAGCUAGGCUCAGAAUCAGAGUGGGAUGAGGUAGUCCAGAGAAGCCUGAAAGAACAUGUAAUUUAUGAGCAUGAAUUACUUGAGAACUUGGAAAUGCCAAGCGUGGCGGACUUAGAGCAUCUGGUAGAUCUGCCUUUAUCUGCAGAAAAUAUGGGAAACAGCGAAAAUUUUGCCAUAUGUAGUGCUUUGGAUGAUCUAGGCUUGAGUGCAAGAGCUAGACUAUGUCUUCGAGCUGCAGGACAACUAGAAAAACAAAAGGCUAGAAACCAAAUUAAGAUCAACAGCAACAAGAACAAGAUCAGAGAUGUGCUUAAUAUGCUUGAAAGAUAUCGAGAACUUUGUGAAGUUCGAAAAGUAGGCUACUAUGAUGCCUUUAAGAUGCAAAAUCACACAGAGGAUUUCAACAACAAUAUAAGGAGAUUGGAACUAGCAGGCAUAUGGGAUGAGAUAAUUGAGAUGCUGAAAAGAAAUGAGUUACCUGACGAGUUUGAGGGGCAGAAAGAGUGGAUUGAAAUUGGUACCAGGUACAGGCGCCUUGUUGAGCCCCUGGAUAUUGCCAACUACUACCGCCACUUGAAGAACGAGGACACUGGAUCAUACAUGGGCAAAGGCAGACCAUCACGUUAUAGAUAUGUACAGCAAUGGCGUGAGCAUGUGGAGAAAAUGGAGGCUGAAACCGUGCCAGACUCCUGCUUCUGGGCCGAAGUUGAGGAGCUUUGCAUUAGUACCCGAAACAUAGAAUUCCCCGAAGACAUCAAGAAGAGAAUUCUCCACCUUGAGAGAAAUGUAUCAAUAUGGGCCCAGAAUGAGUUGCUGGGCAAAGAUGUGUUCUUGAACGAAUCCACUUUUGUCCAGUGGUGGAAGAAGCUCCCCAUCCAGCAUAGAUCAGUAUCUUGCAUCAGAGAUCUAUUUCAUGAGUAAAUAAGUAUUCCGAUCUCCAGAAUCUACAAUUUUCAAGAAUACAAAACACACAUAAUGAUUGGGAAACAGAUUCCAUUUUUUAUUCUCAGUACGAAUGACAGCUUUGGUGCUAGAGAGAUGCAUGGCAGAUGGCACUCUGUACCAAUAACUCAGUCUCACAAUUGUGACUUCAAGAUUCUGAUAUGGAAUCAAUUUUUACACUGAUACAUAA